AUGAAUUACACAUCCGUCUUCCAAGUAUUCCGUACCGUCAUGUUCAGUAUCAUCACAGUCGUUGAUAUUUCUGUUCUGAGCCUAGCAGCACGUAUAAUCUUGCUGUCCGUCACUAAUGACUACGAAGACUUUGCCUAUGCUGGACUUGCAAUAGUGAUAUCGUCACUAACAUUCACGAUCCCUGUGAUAAUAUUUGUACAAGCUAUUCGACCACAGGCGUUCACAAUCGUUACGGAGCUGUCAUGGCUGGGUUUUCUCUCUCUCGCAUGGGUUGCCUCAGCGGGAUUCUCUGUUGGCUCUGCCGUGUGCAAUUUGCAUGAUUCACAAGCAUGGUUUAAGGAGAUCUGUGUGGAGACUGGGGUACUGUCCGGCCUGUCAUUUGCUCUCGUGCUUACUCUGUUGAGUUAUAUCGCCGCCCUCCUGGCAGUGAACAUUGUGUCUCAAAUGCACUGUUCACCUGUGUGGAAGUCGAGCGUCGCCACUGCAAAGUUUAAGCUAUCUGCUUCUGCUCUAUACCCCGAAGAUAACAGGUGUUGA